AUGGUCAACUUCACCGUCGAGGAGAUCCGUGGUCUCAUGGACGACCCUAAGAACAUUAGGAACAUGUCCGUUAUUGCCCACGUCGAUCACGGAAAGUCCACCCUCACCGACUCGCUCGUCCAGCGUGCCGGUAUUAUCUCGGCCGCCAAGGCUGGUGAGGCUCGUUUCACCGAUACCCGAGCUGACGAGCAGGAGCGUGGUGUCACUAUCAAGUCGACUGCCAUCUCCCUGUACGCCCAGCUCAAGGACGAGGAGGACCUCAAGGACAUCCCCGUCCCCACCACCAAGAACGACUUCUUGAUCAACUUGAUCGACUCGCCCGGUCACGUUGACUUCUCAUCUGAGGUCACUGCUGCUCUCCGUGUCACCGAUGGUGCGCUCGUUGUCGUUGACACCAUUGAGGGUGUCUGUGUCCAGACCGAGACUGUCCUGCGUCAGGCUCUUGGUGAGCGUAUCAAGCCCGUUGUCAUCAUCAACAAGGUCGACCGUGCUCUUCUUGAGCUCCAGCUCUCCAAGGAGGAUCUGUACCAGAACUUCUCCCGUGUCAUUGAGUCCGUCAACGUCGUCAUCGCCACCUACUUCGACAAGACUCUUGGUGACGUCCAGGUCUACCCCGAGAAGGGUACCAUCGCCUUCGGUUCCGGUCUUCACGGCUGGGCUUUCACCAUCCGUCAGUUCGCCACCCGCUACGCUAAGAAGUUCGGUGUCGACAAGAACAAGAUGAUGGAGCGUCUCUGGGGUGACAGCUACUUCAACCCCAAGACCAAGAAGUGGACCAAGGUCGGCACCCACGAGGGUAAGGCCCUCGAGCGUGCUUUCAACCAGUUCAUCUUGGACCCCAUUUUCCGCAUCUUCCAGGCUGUUAUGAACUUCAAGACCGACGAGAUCCCCACUCUACUCGAGAAGCUUGAGAUUAAGCUCACCUCCGAUGAGAAGGACCUCGAGGGCAAGCAGCUCCUCAAGGUUGUCAUGAGGAAGUUCCUUCCCGCCGCUGACGCUCUCCUCGAGAUGAUGAUUCUCCACCUUCCUUCUCCCGUCACCGCCCAGAGGUACCGUAUGGAGACUCUCUACGAGGGUCCCCACGAUGACGUUAACGCCAUCGGUAUCCGGGACUGUGACCACAACGGUCCUCUCAUGCUUUACGUCUCCAAGAUGGUGCCCACUUCCGACAAGGGUCGUUUCUACGCUUUCGGUCGUGUCUUCUCCGGUCCCGUCCGCUCUGGUCUCAAGGCCAUCCAGCGUACCAUCCUCAUGAUGGGUCGUUUCGUUGAGCCUAUUGACAACGUUCCCGCCGGUAACAUUCUUGGUCUUGUCGGUGUUGACCAGUUCUUGCUCAAGUCUGGUACCCUCACCACCAACGAGACUGCCCACAACCUCAAGGUUAUGAAGUUCUCCGUUUCCCCCGUCGUGCAGCGUUCCGUCGAGGUCAAGAACGCCCAGGAUCUCCCCAAGCUCGUUGAAGGUCUUAAGCGUCUCUCCAAGUCCGACCCUUGCGUCUUGACUUACAUCUCCCCAUCCGGUGAGCACGUUGUUGCUGGUGCCGGUGAGUUGCACUUGGAGAUUUGCUUGAAGGAUCUCGAGGAGGACCACGCCGGUGUUCCUCUCCGUAUCUCCGACCCCGUCGUCCAGUACCGUGAGACUGUCAACGCCACUUCCAGCAUCACCGCGCUGUCCAAGUCGCCCAACAAGCACAACCGUCUCUACCUUACCGCUCAGCCUUUGGACGAGGCCGUCUCCCUGGCCAUUGAGGCUGGCAAGAUCGCUCCUCGUGACGAUAUCAAGCAGCGUGCUCGUAUCCUUGCUGAUGAGCACGGCUGGGAUGUCACAGAUGCCCGUAAGAUUUGGUGCUUCGGUCCCGACACCACCGGUGCCAACUUGCUCGUUGACCAGACCAAGGCCGUCCAGUACCUGAGUGAAAUCAAGGACUCCGUCGUCUCUGGUUUCCAGUGGGCCACCAAGGAAGGUCCCAUUGCUGAGGAGCCCAUGCGCUCUAUCCGCUUCAACAUCAUGGAUGUCACUCUCCACGCUGAUGCCAUUCACCGUGGUGGUGGUCAAAUCAUCCCCACUGCGCGCCGUGUCCUCUACGCCGCCACCCUCCUUGCCGAGCCCACUCUGCUCGAGCCCGUCUACCUCGUCGAGAUCCAGGUUCCCGAGCAAGCCAUGGGUGGUAUCUACGGUGUCCUUACCCGAAGGAGAGGUCACGUCUUCGAGGAGAACCAGCGUGUUGGUACUCCUCUCUUCAACGUCAAGGCUUACCUUCCCGUCAACGAGUCCUUCGGUUUCACUGCCGAUCUCCGUGCCGCCACUGGUGGACAGGCCUUCCCACAACAAGUCUUCGACCAUUGGCAACAUCUUCAGGGUGGCUCGCCACUUGAUGCCACCACCAUGGUUGGUAAGAUCGUGUUCGACAUGCGUAAGCGCAAGGGUAUCAAGACUGAGGUGCCCGACGUCUCCAACUACUACGACAAGCUAUAA